AAAACACCGGGUUUCAACCAAUCUGAACUAAAAAUGGCUAAAAAUUUGGCGGAUGAGUUGGAUUCGAUGAAAAUCUCCGGUCCUCCAUCGCUGUUUGAAAUGCCAACGGAAAUGGUUUAUAAAAUUGCGGGGAAAGUGGAUCCAUUCAGCAGAUUGACAGUCCGCAAAGUGUGCCGAAAUUUGCGAAAUGUCAUCGAUGACACUGAUCCUGGCUUCAAAAAAGUUGAGGUGGAUCUCGGUGGAUACGCUGGAUCCCAUCGUCUUUGCCUGACUAGCUCCAUUUGCAGCUACAUUUCUUAUUCUCCAAAUUCAAAUAAUCCUGGUUGCACUGUCGAAAGAAACUCGCAGAGGAAAUCUAUUGAAAAGACUCAAUUGAACGCGAUUCUGGAUGAUUUGGCAGUAAUUGUGAAGAAUCCAAAACUUCGAUUGGAUAAUUUUGUUAUCGUCUCUUCAUGUGGAAAUUCAAAAGAAUUUGUGGAGUGGCUUAGAGAGAUCACCCAAUCAGGAAGUCUGCUCCACACAAAAAGAAUCAGGGUCAUUGAUUGCCCUGGAGAUCUGCUCGGUGUCCUUUCUCACUGCAAGCCUGGAUUUCUUGAAGCCAUCGAAUUUUACUGUUUUAACUCUGGAAAAAUCGAUGAAAUUACCAAUUUGGAACAGUGGAAACGUGCUAAAUCGAUUAAUAUUGACAGCCGUAGAUGCGAUGAUAUUCCCAUUGAGCACUUCUUCCAUUUUUCUCGUUUUACCAUCAGAAUGGGAAAACUAUCAGUUCCUGAUGCAAUUAAAAUUAGAGAUGAUCUGAUGAAAUCCGCUCACUUCGAAUACGGAAUAAUCGAUAUCUAUGAUGAACUGACUCCAGAAGCUGCACGAGUUUUCAAUCCGAAUUUCAUUGCUCACAAUCGCGAUGGUAUUGAGAACAAAAUCGAGCAGUUUCUUCUCACAAUUUAUAGAAAACGUUUGGAAAUCAAGAAGAUCGAUUAAUGUUACCUAUUUCUUACCCUUUUUGUUGUUAAAUGCCGAGUUAAAAUAAAUUACUUUCUGUUAAA